GAGGGCGAAAACAGCUAAAGCGCAGAAAAGCAGAUACAUGCAAAAGCAACCGAGCUAGCAAGCUAUGUGGUCAGAGAGGAGAGGAGAGACGACAAGACGAGACGGAAAAAUUCCAUGCUCAACGAUGCAAUCAACUUCUCUUCGAAGAUAGCUAACGUUGGUUUUGAUGGCAAUCCGAUUGAUCUUUACGUGUGAAAAGAGACACUUCAUGUGAAAUCGGACAGGGCUGUCCUGAAGCAAAGAUAAAAAGCAAAAAGUUCAACUCCGCUCCUGAGAUGAAGGAAAUGUCUCGUUAAUGAACACUUUACGUGUGAAGCCUGUCGUCCCCUUCGUGUAGCUGGUAGUUACUGCUCUGGUUGAGGAGGCCAAGAGAGGAAGAAAGAGCAAAAGAAAGCGAAGAGAGAGAAGGAGAGAUAUAACGAAGGCAAGCUGACCGGCUAGACUCUCUGAAAGGCAGAGAGACACCAGUCACCAGAGGUGCUCGCCACAAAAACAAAAAGGAGAAGUGGAAAAACAAAGGCAGAGGAAAAGAAAGAGAAGCCUUGUCUGUGUCUCUGUGAGGGGUUUCUCUGUGGAAUGCCCGUGUCAUGAUGCCGUCGCUGAGACUCACCCUGCGUCCAGGUGACCAGGGAGGGCGUGUCGAGUCGUCAGCCAAUCACAGCAGGUGCUUUAGGAGAGUCAGUUCCUGUUUAUGUUCAUCAGUACUUCUUCUCAGAACCCUCCCGCCUCACUGAUGUCCUGCCCACUCGGUGGUAGGUAGGUAGUUCCUGUAUCCAUCUCUUCCAUCACUUCCUCUUCCUCCUGAAGCCCCGCCCCUUACUGUCUGGCUGUGUGGGGAUGCUGGUGCUAGCUGGCACUGUUCGUAACUAUGGUGAUAGUCAGGUAACCGUGGUAAGAGGAGUCUGUGGGCACAGCUUCCUGAUGUUGUGCCAGGUGCUGACGGGACAGGAGGGCACCAUCGAACGGACGGGCACAGAGGUGCUGUGCAACUCUGCUUCCUAGUUUACACUGAUGACAUCACAACAUGAAGUAUAGGACCUAUCUUACUGUAGAACGUCAAUCUCCGCCUCCUUGCACUUUCUAGAACUUCCUGUUGCUGCUACUUGACUUCCUGUUGCAAGUCUCUCAGACACUUUAAGGCUCUGACCUCUAACUUCUGAACCCAAGCAGCCAUGAGGCACAUUCACGUAGAACUGACACACAGCAGCAAGGAGGAGCUGGCUCCUGUGGAGCUUCCAUCCCAGGAUGGGGACCUGCCUCCUCCCGCGGCCCCCUCACAGGUCCCCGACCUUGGGGUGAUGAGACCGGGGGUGGUGGUUCCCAAGCCCUUUGGUCAUGAGCAGCUGCGUCUCCAGAAGGUCUAUCAGCUCUCCAUCUUCUCCCAGCUGGGGGGGUUCUCAGCCUCCGAGCUCCCCAGAACCAGUGAGGCCCAGCCGGGGCAAGUCCAGCCGGGUCAGGUCCAGCGGACUGACAGGGUGGGGGUCAAGAGAGGACAGGGUGGGGUUCAAGAGGAUUCCCAUCUAACACACAAAUGGCCCCACCUGGCUGGGGACCUCGACAGGGAAAGGGAUGGAGGGGUGCUGUCAGGGUCAGGACCUGGGGUAGGAUUGGAUGUCGGAAUGGGGAUAGGGGUGGGGCAGGGGCCUGUAUCCUCCUGCAUCAUGGUGGAUCACAGAGACUCAGAUGGGGGCCUGUCGCCUAGAUCCCCCCCACCUGCACCCCUCUCUCCGGGCCACACCCCCGCCCGACGCCCUGCCCAGCACAAUCAUGACAGGCCCGUCCCCGACCUGUGGGCCCCGCUGUCGCCCAAACCAUCCCCCAUGGUCGAGCCCCACAGCCCUCCUGGCUCCCGCAGCCCCUUUCCCAGCAUAGAGUCUCCUCCUGGGGGCGACGCGUCAGCCUGCUCCCUGGGCAAUCCUGGAGGGUCUGGGGAGGGCUGCAGUAGUGGCUCCUCAUUGGGACAGCAUCAGCCCAACUACUGCCCCCGUGGGGCCCUUGGGGCAUUCGACACCCGUAGCCCUCCUGGAGGACCUCCCCUCGGACCUCCAGGCUCCCUCUCCCACCGCUUCCUUCCCACCACAGACCCCCAGGAGCCUGGGGAGGGUAGGGAGUGGGGGGCCAAGCUGGAGUCCUCACCGCCCCAUCCCAGUGCCGCCGCCUUCAACUCCACCAACGGCCUGAGCUCCGUGGAGAAGACCCCCAGCACCAGCGGCCCGAGCUCCGUGGAGAAGACCCCCAGCACCAGCGGCCUGAGCUCUGUGGAGAAGACCCCCAGCACCAGCGGCCUGAGCUCCGUGGAGAAGACCCCCAGCACCAGCGGCCUGAGCUCCGUGGAGAAGACCCCCAGCACCAGCGGCCUCCGUGGGAUCUCUUCGGGUCCCUGCCCGGCCAAGAAGAAACUGCUAUCAUCCAGCGACACGGGAGAGUCGUGUUCGGAGGACGAGGGCCCCUCCACCUCUAAGAGGAGCCGUCUGGCCCUGCUGGCCCCGGGGUUAGGGCUGGCCUACUGCAGGGGCACCGAUGCCAAGGCUGCCCCCUUCUGGAACCACCUGCUGCCCAACGCACGGGACCCAAACCACACCAAGAGUUUAUCAGAAUGCAGAGGAGCCAGCAGGAGGCUGAAAAGUGGGAUGCGCCUGAAAAGUCGACAGCUAUGUAGUGGGCGGCGUACAGACACCUUGGGUCGCACUGCUCGGUCCGGCUGGCCCUCUUCUUCCAUCAGCCGUUCACUACUGGGUAACUUUGAGGAGUCGAUCCUGAAGGGUCGUUUCUCUCCGUCGGGUCGUAUCGAGGGCUUCACAGCAGAGAUCGGUGCCAGCGGAUCCUACUGCCCUCAACACGCCACUCUGCCUGUACACGUCACCUACUACGACAUCUCAGAGCACAGCGCACCCUCACCCUUCCUGGGGGUGAUCUCCUUGGAGCCUUUAGGAAAGAAGGGAUACAGCGUACCCAAAGCAGGGACCACCCAAGUGACCUUAUUCAACCCCAAUAAAACUGUGGUGAAGAUGUUCCUCGUGACCUAUAACUUUGGGGACAUGCCCGUCAAUCACAUGACCUUCCUUCGUCACCGCAUCUUCCUGGUUCCCGUUGAGGAGGCGGGGCCAGAGGCGAAGGGGGGUGGGCCUCCAGAGCCCAGGGCCACGCCCACAGAGAGGAGGAAGAUUCUCUGCUACCUGAUACACCUCAGAUUCCAGAGCUCUAAAUCUGGGAAGAUCUACUUGCACAACGAUAUCCGGCUGCUAUUCUCCCGCAAGUCCAUCGAGGUGGACACGGGGAUCCCUUACGAGCUCAAAUCUUUCACCGAGGUGCCAAGAAACCCCAAAUACUCCCCCCGCGUGUGAGCCUAUGAUGAACCCGCGACCCCUGACCCCAUCACCAACGCAGCCCAUUCCUGGAACUGGGCACAGAGAGAUAAACAGACAGACAUGGACAAGAAAACUUGAAAAUAUUAUUCAUUCAAACACACGCAAAUAUACUGAGUAUACAAAACAUUAAGGACACCUUCCCUAAUAUUGAGUUGCACUCCCUCUAUUGCCCUCAGAACAGCCUCGGUUCAUCAGGUUAUGGACUCUACAAGGUGUUGAAAGCGUUUCACAGGGAUGCUGGACCAUGUUGACUCCAAUGCUUCCUACAGUUGUGUCAAGUUGGCUGGAUGUCCUUUGGGUGGUGGACCAUUCUUCACACGGGAAACUGUUGAGCGUUAAAAACCCAGCAGCGUUGCAGUUCUUGAUACAAACAGGUGCUCCUGGCACCUGCUACCACACCCUGUUCAAAGGCACUUCAAUCUUUUGUCUUGCCCAUCCACCCUCUGAUUGGCUCACAGACACAAUCCAUGUCUCAAUUGUGUCAAGGCUUAAACAUCCUUCUUUAACCCGUCUCCUCCCCUUAAUCUACACUGAUUGAAGUGGAUGGAACAAGUGACAUCUAUUUGGGACCAAAGCUUUCAUCUAGAUUCACCUGGUCAUGGAAAGAGCAGGUGUACUUAAUGUUUUGUACAGUCAGUGUAUAUACAUACACAGAAACACACAAAAUGCACAGACAAGCAUCGAUCAAUACAUGCACACAGGCAAAGCAGCCUCACGUGUAUACACACAACUCACAGUACACAUGAACACUCGGUGGUGAAACUCAUCUAGAGUUGAGUGUUAACAUGCCUUGUGACUAACCUAAAAAACAGUUUUCCUCUCGAGCCGUUCGUUUCACACACAAACAGUGGUUUACUCUGCCUGCACCCGCCCCCCCCUCCCCAAUGGUGGACCAAUGACAACUCUGCACCCGCCCCCCCUCCCCAAUGGUGGACCAAUGAAAACUCUGCACCCGCCCCCUCCCCAAUGGUGGACCAAUGACAACUCUGCACCCGCCCCCUCCCCAAUGGUGGACCAAUGACAACUCUGCCACCGCAACCAGCCAGUCAAUAGAACGCCGGGGAGCCGCUAAUGACGCACACUUUGUAAGAAGAGGACUGGAGAGCCUUAAAACAAGCACAUCCCAGUAAGGGGGAGGGGCACAAAACAAACGUUAUUAAACCAUUCAACUGGAGAAGAGUUGAGAGAAGAAGAGAGACAGAGGAACACUAGUGAAACAACGACUGAAUUCAAUCAAUUGAAGAAUAAAGAUUGGACGUCAGAUGUUUGACACAAUUCCUGCAAACGCCAAAACAAUUGGCUACACUCAGGACUUGUACUGUACUGUUUUGAUUGAAGCCUACAGAUGAUCCAGUGUGCCCUCCCCCAUUUCAAGCAUCAUGGUACGGACCACUGUGUAGGUAGGAUGCAAGGGUAAGGGGAACAUACCAUGGUGUAGGUGGGCCCCUUUUUAUGUAGACUGGCGGAGGGACACUGUGUUUUACUUUAUUUUCUGUUCAAAACAGUCCGAAAUGGGAGCAGAAAAGAAACAACUGUAGUAUUUCAUUUGUUUUUUCAAAUGUCUUAAAUAGCAAUAUGCUGCAUAAAUAGAGUGUGUUUUCAUUCAGACUACUGUCUGCAUCCCAAAAGGACCCCUAUUCCCUAUAUAGUACACUACUUGUGACCAGAGGUCUAUGGGUCCUCUAUAUAGAGCCCUAUGGGUCCUGGUCACAAGUAGUGCACUACAUAGGGAAUAGGGGGGCCUUUUGGGACACAGACUUUCUCUGUGGAGAUGGCAUUGGAGUGAGGGGAG